UCCUCUGCGGAUAAUAUCACAUAACACACGCGCGCGCGCUAAUAUAGAGAUCCAGCGCUGCCGCCGCCGCCGUCGUCGUCGGAUUCGGAGUCAAACCGUUACCGUUUUUCGGACAAGACGCGCGCGGUCGCACCACUGAACGUGUGUUAUGUCCAAAUAAUAUAAUAUUAAAAUACAAUAUUAAUAUUUCGAAUUGCGUUUUUUUUUUAUUUGUCUUAAUGCGUCGGGAUUGUACCUACCUAUCAUAUUGAAUACACAUUUUUACAAUAAAAAUUAUUAUCGUGCCCCCUACCGUUUUAGUGCGCGCUAUGGCAUUGGAGACGGAACGGUGCAGCCCGAACAACGCAUCUAGUCCCGGACCGACGGACAACAAUCGGCGUCCAGGCCUGGACGACUGUAGCGAUCAGACCAAAGAACAGAACAUGGCCACGGACACGGGCACGGCCAUAGCCACGGCCACUGGACCGUCGUCCGUCAUGUCCACGGCGUCGUCGUCGUCAUCUUCGGAAGAGUUCUCGCCAAAGCGCACGUUGACGGCGUCGUCCGCGUUCCGGCCGGUGGUGCAAGUGGUCGUCCGCGCGGACAACGACGACGACGAAAACGACGCGGCUACCGCGAACUUGACGUUGUCGUCGCCGCCGGCCGUCACUAACAAGCCGUUGAGCAUAUGCUCGCCGCUGCAGAACAAAGACGCGGCCGUCAAGUCGUCCGCGUCGCAGGCCAUCUACAAAAAGGCCAAACCUUCGUCGUACCGGCCGUACGACGGAGCCGCCAGGUGGGUUCACCAACAACAGCAACAGCAACAACAACUCCAGACACCGCAACCGACGGCGGCCGCGGCCGCCGAGUACGCCGCUUUGGCCGCCAUGGCCGCGCACGUGCCGCCAAUGUUCCAUUUCAACAGCUGGAUGUACCGUUUCAAUCUGUUGCCGGCCGUCGGCGUGCCACCGCCGGUUGGGGCCGUGGAGUACUUCCAGAGUUCGCCGCCCCCUCAGCCACACGAUCUGUUGCACCGUACCAUACAGCAGCCCGUUCAACCCGUUGUCGCACAUCCCGCGAUGCAUUACAACAGCACCAUGAACACGUGUUCCCGUCCAACUAGCACUUCCGGUUCGGAUGUGUCGUCGUCGUGUACGGUCAAAAACUACAACAGCAGCAGCUACUGUCGGUCACCGUCGCCGCGGUCGCCCAGCCCGUUCCGGUUGGCCUUUUCCGUGGACAACAUACUUCGACCGGAAUUCGGCACGAAGACCACAGCGGCUUCGGGCAAACGGCGUUCGCGCGGCUCGACCGCGUCUCCGCCGCCGUCGCUGCCGCCGCCGCCACAACCACAGCACUUACCGACGACCGUGUCGGCCACGGCCACGGCGAUCAACAGCAAACUAGCGCCGCCGACGGCCCCGCAGCCGUCCAACAAGCGUGCACAUCAGACGGCGGCCGUCGACGGCAAAGCGUCCAAGCGCAGCAAGCAGCCGCCGUCGCUGGGCAAGCCACAACCGACCACGUUACCGCCGCUUCAAACGCCGCCGCCGGCGUCCCAACAGACGGCCAAGUCGACGGUGGACGCCACGGCCAACAACAACAACAGCGGUAGCGACGGAGACACGGCCAACACCACAACGUCCGACAAAGAGAUGUGGCCCGCUUGGGUGUACUGCACCAGAUAUUCCGACAGGCCGUCUUCCGGUCCCAGAUCGCGUCGCAUGAAGCGCAAAGAAAAGUGCGCCGAGGAGAAACGACCUCGGACGGCAUUCAGCGGCGAUCAGCUGGCCAGGUUGAAAAAGGAGUUCAACGAAAACCGGUACCUGACCGAGAGGCGGCGACAGGAGCUGGCCAACGAACUCGGACUUAACGAGGCCCAGAUCAAAAUUUGGUUCCAGAACAAACGGGCAAAGAUCAAAAAGUCCAGCGGCUCCAAGAACCCUCUGGCUCUGCAGCUGAUGGCCCAAGGCUUGUACAAUCACACCACCGUGGCCAUGUCCGACGACGAAAUGGAAGAGAUGCUGGCCCAACAACAUCAACAGCAGCAACAGCAACAGCAACAGCAACAGCAACAAGCAUCGUCCGUUUAAGUGUAUGAUUAUUAUGAUUUUUAUUAUUAUACUCUGUCCCCCGAGAGAACGACACUGCGCAGAAACCAAAACGCAUCACUCGCGUGUGCGCCUGCGCAGACCAGAAAUGAACGGGUUUUGGUUUCUGCGCAGGGCCGUUCUCUGGUGGGACAGACGCUGUAGCUGUUUACACUACGACUACAGCCGAUUACCGCCGUUUCUUCUUCCAUUCGCCAGUUUGUUAUUUCUUCCACGUUUAGAGCGCAUGGAAAAGAAAAACAACUAGUUGUUAUGACUCUAUUUUUUUUUUAUACGUUAAACGGUUAAGGCGUUUAAUUAUUGUUUUAAAUUCGAUAUAAAAUAUCUUUACACGUUUUUAACGUCGCACCCGCCUAGAGUUUUAAAUAUUAUUAAUAUUUUCCCUUUGUAAAAUACAUGCGGUUUCUAGAAAAAAAAAAUUCUUGUAUUCGGUUAUUCAAAUAGGUACAAUAAUAAUGUUUUCUAAAACUAAUCUUUUUAUUGUUAAUUUUCGACCGGAUAUUAUUUUGUGUCGUUAUUGGUUUUUUUUGCGCCCAAUAAACUAAAAAAAAUGUCACAUUUGUGACGUUUUCCAAUAGUUUUGAUCAAAUUUAUUAGCAGACUAAUAAAUUAUUUUGUGUACAUAUUUUAAUAGUCUUUCCCGUAAGCGUUUUACAUUAAAAAAUUAAUUCCCUGUGAAUAUUAUAUUUAACUAAAAAUCGGUAUAUUUAUAUUAUUAUUAUAUAAUACGUCGUAGAGAACAACGUUUUAUUACUUGUAUAGAAAUAAAUAUCGUGUAGACUGAAAUCUUAGUAGUUUUCUAAGGAUUAUUAUACAGUAGCGUCAUUAUUAUAUAUUUAUUUUUA